AUGACGGAGAGGGAAAGAGAAGAAUCGGGCGGGAAAAAAGUGAACGGUGAACAUGAUAGGAUUCAGAGCAGAAAAAAAAGAAAAAACACACACACACAUACUUACCCAUCUCUCUCUCUCUCCCUCUCUCUAUUUAUCUAUCUAUCUCUAUCUAUUUAUCUAUCUCUUUCUCUCUCUCUCUAUCUUUCUCUAUCUAUCUAUCUAUAUCUAUUUAUCUAUCUAUAUCUUUCUCUCUCUCGCUAUCUACCAAUCUUUCUAUAUAUAUCUACCUAUCUCUCUUUCUCUCUCUAUAUAUAUAUCUUUUUUUUUCUCUCUCUCUUCCUAUCUAUCUAUCUAUCUAUCUAUCUAUCUAUCUAUCUAUCUAUAUUUAUCCAUCUACAUAGCUAUCACACUCUGUCAAUUUAUCUAACUCUCUUCUCUCUCUCUCUAUCUAUCUCUCUAUCUCUCUCUCUCUCUCUCUCUCUCUCUAUCUAUCUAUCUAUCUAUCUAUCUAUCUAUCUAUCUUUUUUCAUGCCAGAUUAUGCGUUAUCUCCCACCAACUGUAACCACAAUCCUUUGAGCAGGCGUAGAGGUUUAACCUUGUUUCCUGUUUAG